AUGUCUAGCAGAGACUUACCGCAUUCUGUCAGAGAUGCCUUCUGCGGAUGGUAUGAAAGAAUUCCUGGCGAAUUAGCCUUGACUAAGGCUCAGCGUGAGAGGAAUUCGGCUUUGGCGGAAGAGGCUGACGCCGAAAACGAAAAGGCGGUCAGAAAAGUCCAGUUCAAGAACUUGUGGCCUGCCUUCAUCUCCGGUGCCGGUCUCUUCUCUGAUGGUUACGUCAAUAACUCCAUCUCUGCUGUUACCACCUGUUUGUCUACCAUUUACCCAAACCAGUACGCCGAGUCGAAUGCUAUCUCCAAUGUUGCAGCUAUCGCUUUCGCCGGUACGGUCUUGGGUCAGUUAUCUUUCGGAUACAUUUCCGACCAUUUCGCUAGGAAGGGUGGUAUGUUGGCCGCCAACAUCAUCCUUAUCGUCUUCACCCUUCUCUGUGCUGUUGCCACAUGGGGUGUCACCCCAGAGGGCAUGUUCGCCGCCUUGACCACUUUCCGUUUCUUCUUGGGUGUAGGUAUUGGUGCUGAAUAUCCUACCUCUUCUGUCAUUGCAUCUGAAUUCGCCAACCAGUUGCCUGCUGGUCACAGAAACAGAUACUUUGUCUGGUUCACCAACUCUUGCAUUGACUUCGGUUACGUGGUUGCCGCUUUCGUGCCUAUGGUCUUGUUGUGGAUCUUCUCUGACAGACACUUGGAGCCUGUUUGGAGAUUGACCCUCGGCCUUGGUGUUUUUCCUCCAUUUGCCCUCUUCUUUAUGAGAAGAAAGAUGAAGAACUCUGAAUCGUACGAGAAGACAAACAUGAAGUCUGUGAAGAAGUUCCCAUGGUGGCUCGUUGUUAAAUUUUACUGGUUCAGAUUAUCAAUCGUUUCCAUCGUGUGGUUCAUUUACGAUUUCUCCGCUUACUCCUUCGGUCUUUACUCGAACUACAUUUUGGGAAUCAUUAUUCCUGAUCAUGACAUGUACAAGUCAUUUGGAUGGAACGUUGUUUUCAACCUCUUCUAUAUUCCAGGUACAUUCAUCGGUGGUUUCGCUACUGAUUACUUCGGCCCUCGUCUUACUAUGGCUGGUGGUCUUGCCGCACAGGCAAUUGUCGGCUUUGGUAUGACGGCCGGUUAUAAGACUUUAAAGCACCAGAUUGGUGGCUUUGUUGUUGUAUAUGGUGUCUUCUCUGCCUUGGGUGAGUUUGGCCCAGGUAACAACGUCGGCUGUUUGGCUUCCAAGACUUCAGCCACUGCUGUUAGAGGUCAGUACUAUGGUAUUGCUGCUGCCAUUGGUAAGGUGGGUGCUUUCGUCGGUACUUACAUUUUCCCCAUCAUCUUGAAGAACAAUGGUGGUGCCGACUCUGACGAAGGUGUCAGAACUGCAUUCUAUAUCUCUUCUGGUUUGUGUCUUUUCUCCGCUGUCUUGACCUUGUUCUUCUGUCCAUCUGUCGGCCAGGAAGCCAUCAAUGACGAGGACAAGAACUUCAUUCAGUACUUGAAGGUCAACGGCUAUGACCUUUCCAACUUGGGUGAUGGUACCCUCGUUAAUGAAUACGAGGAGUCUGGAGAGAGCUUCAAUGAUCCUAAGGACAAGAUGGAGCCUCGUGUGCACCAGGGCUCAGCCUCUGACACCUCCUCAACCGAAGAGAAGAAGACAUAA